CACAGGUUUAUCAUGUGGAGCUUGUUUGGACUGCGUAAGGACUCAAAGAAGUCAACCUCAGACAAGGAAGUAGAUGGAGGAUUUGUUCUUGUUGCAGAGACAGUUGAAGAACAGAGACAGAAGCUGCAAACUAUGAACGUCACACAGCCCUCGACAAAUGUCAUAGUGCAACCAUCGAAGUCGUCCUGCUCAACUCCAGAUCCACAGUAUGACACAAAGUUCCCAGGAACUUCACACAACAUGGGGAUGACGAUGAGACCUCGAGCAGUGGAAGCACAUUCAACUCUUCCAGAUCUCCUCGGGGAUGUCCCCUUCACUUUGGCUCCUCAUGUCCUGGCCAUGCAGGCAGGAUUCCCCCUCAUCCCUGAUAUAUUGCUGUCCCGGGACAUAAAUUAUAAUCUAGCCAGCUUUCAAUACGACUUCACUUUAGAGAAUUCUAUUCUUCACAACGCCUAGUUUCUUUGAACUGCAAUAUCCCAUAGUUCACACUAUGGGGAACAGAGCUGGUGGGCUGCCAUAGCUGACUUUAUAACAUAUUGAAGAAAACAAAUCAAACCUCAUCUAAAUGACACAAAAUAAAAUUAAUUUAAAUGUAGGGUUACUGAUAUAUAAUGAAUAUAUGGUCAAAUUGUACUGUUGAUCCCAAAAAGGUCACCGUUUUAUAGGAAAUGAAACUCUGUGUGUUGCUCAUGGUGUGAAUGUUAACUGGCAAGCUGCUUAACUUAAACGCAGAUGGACAGUUUAGGUUGUGAUUGCCUAAAACAUGCUAAGACAUUUUACACUCUGUAGAUAUAAUGAAGUAUAGGGUUACUGUGAUUAGCAAAAUGAAAGUUCCAGGUUAUUACAACUCUGGCCCCAUUGUUGGCGCUUCAGCUAUCCCUUUGAGCAGUUAAGAUCAUGUAGCUGUUUCCAGCCCCACGGGCUGAGGCCCAGCCAGCGGCCACUCCCCGGGCCUGGCUUCAGUGUGAGAGCCCAGAAACCUCCCCUCAAGUGUAGACUUGUUCCUUGGUUUCUUUGCUAAGACAGCAAAGAAACCAAUGGUUUCUGAAUUGCUCUUUAUUGGUCUCCUCACCCAGGAACAAUUGGGAAACCGUAUCAUGGUAAAUUGACCCAACCACACGCUCCUAGGAUCACGACAUACAAACACCUCCACCACAAUAAGAUGUCGCAAUUUCUGCUCUAAAAUGAAGAGAUUCUGUGUCUAUUUUGUUUUCCUUAUAAACAUGCAGUGACCGUUUUGUUGGUCAUUGCAUGUUUAUAAAGUUUGCUGUACUGUAUAACCAGUAAAGCAAACAGUUGGGUUUUUUUUUUUCUAUUCUGCUGUUUUUCUUUUUACAAUUUUAUUUGUUUCUUCUCUUUUGUACCAGAGAAUCUGUUUGAGGCACAUUAGCUCAUUCCGACUGCUGUAGGACAUUUCUUCGUUAUGGUUUUUCUUCUUCAGGAAGAAAAACCAUAACAUAAAAUGGGUACCUCCAAGCAUCCAUUACCACCUGCUGGCUGGGGCUCAAAACAGAUUCCUUAAAAAUCAGAACCACCACAAUUUUUGAGAAACCAGCAGUCUCUCAUAAAACCGACUGCUGCUGUCUUUAACUAUGUAAAAGUCAUAAUAUAGGCAGACAACAAGCAGACAUGCAGCAGCUUGGUCCCAUUCACGGCUGUUGUAGAUCCAUAGCUACAUACCUUAUAUCUUUAGCCUGGAUUCCACUGCAAUGGAAAUAGAACGACUGCUGUUAAUGCGAAUGUUUGCACCAUCUUCCUGCCUGACAAUAUGUGACAGUCUAAGUGAGGACUGACAUUCUGUAAAGAUCGAGAUACACUUUGGAUUCAGGUCUCAGCACAUCUGCUCUGAGACCUAAACCCACUGUUACUGGUUCCUGUGCCAUAAAGGAGCAACUUCUGCCUUGGUGUCUUCCAAGAACUAUCCAUUAUUUUGACAAAGAACUGAAUGUUACAUAGUAGCAGACUCCACGUCACUGGUAAAUUUACAUCCCCAU